GACGUAAUCAAAUCAAGAGAACCAGGAAAAAAAAAGAAGAGGGGGAAGAACAAGAAGUAGCUCCUCGCGAGUUUCUCAUUGAAGUUUGAUCGAGCAAUUUUCGGCGUAGAUCAGUGUUCGGGCUCUCUGUGACAUACUGUUCGUCGCAGUGAGAUCAAAUUUAUAUUCGCUGUUGAGUGUAUUGGUGACAUCUUGGGUUUCGCUUCAUCCUGUUUAGAGUGGUUGUUGAUAUUACAUAUUGCUUAAUACCAAAAGAAAAAUGAGUUCAGAUAUUUCGAACCCCCAAGGAGUUCUUCGUCCAGAUGGUAAUGGUGGCCAUGAAACCCGCAACACAAGCACUUCUGGUUCUUUGAGGCCUCCAGAACCAGAAUUCAAUGAGAACGAAGAAGCAGAAUUGGUGUCUGUGUCUUGGAACCAGGACUACAGCUGUUUUGCUGCCGGCACAAGCCAUGGUUUCCGUAUAUAUAACUGUGAACCUUUCAAGGAAACUUUCAGACGUGAGCUGAAGAACGGUGGGUUUAAAAUCAUAGAGAUGCUGUUCCGCAGCAACAUCUUGGCACUCGUCGGGGGUGGACCCAAUUCUCAGUACGCUUCUAACAAAGUAUUGAUUUGGGACGAUCAUCAGAGCCGCUGCAUCAGUGAGUUUGCUUUUAGGUCGGAAAUCCGUUCUGUGAAAUUAAGAAGGGAUUGGAUUGUUGUUGUUCUUGAACACAAGAUAUAUGUGUACAAUUUUUUGGACCUGAGACUUCUUCAUCAGAUUGAAACUCUGGCAAAUCCAAGGGGGUUAUGUUGCCUCUCUCAUCACUCGAAUACAUCAGUGCUGGCUUGCCCUGGUCUUCAUCAAGGAGAGGUCCGAGUUGAACACUUUGGGCUUAACAUGGUACAGUUAAUAAAUGCUCAUGAUUCGAAUAUCGCCUGCAUGACCUUGACUUUGGAUGGUAUGCUGCUCGCAACUGCCAGUACCAAGGGCACUCUGAUCAGAAUUUUCAACACAAUGGAUGGAACUCGUUUGCAAGAGGUACGAAGAGGAGUGGACAGAGCGGAUAUAUAUAGCAUUGCUCUUUCACCCAAUGUGCAGUGGCUGGCAGUGUCAAGUGAUAAGGGGACUGUUCAUGUUUUCUCUCUACGAGUUAGAGUGGUCGGAGAGGACUCACAUUCCAGUGAGAGUGCAGCACUCUUGGCACAGCAAACUUUUUCGAAUUCCCUUGGGGCCAUUGUUUCUCCAACCACUGGUACCAAUCCCAGUUCAUCGUUAUCGUUUAUGAGAGGAGUCUUGCCAAAAUAUUUCAGCUCAGAAUGGUCAUUCGCUCAGUUCCGUGUACCCGAAAUCACUCAAUUCUUUGCAGCAUUUGGCUGUCAGAACACGGUUGCCAUUAUCGGCAUGGAUGGAAGUUUCUAUCGGUGCAGCUUUGACCCGGUGAACGGAGGAGAGAUGACUCGGCUCGAAUAUUUCCGGUAUCUAAGGGCCGAAAGCGGCCCAAGAUAGUCGUACAACAUCAUCAUCAUGAUCCAUCAUCCAUCAUCAACAUUGCUCAUUCUUUGGGUUCUAUGUACAUAAUCAUUGCUGUAAAUAGAUUGAUGAAUCUGCGGAAGAUUUUAUUGAUUCUUGCAAAGCUACUCUCUGAUUGAUGGACCUGCAUUUUUGUUCGAGCAAUGUAACAUUUGCAUGUUCCACAUGAUAUGCAGGCUUUCUCUCA